AUAAAUAAAUAUCAAGUAACUACAUGAUGAAACAAACAUCAAAGCACACGCGUUCAAUUCUUAACCUUUAAAUCACUUUUUCGAAUUCACGAGGAUUUUUCGGUGGAGGUUAACUGUAUUUAAGGGAAUUCAAUACAUAAAUUAUUAUUAUUCAAAUAAAAAAUAAUGGAGGAUGAUGUAAAAUUAUUUCAAUCGAUUGGAUUAAGUGAACAGAAAGCUAAAGAAACUUUAAAAAAUACUCAAGUUUCCAAAAACUUGAAAAUUGCAAUUUUGGAAGCGAAGAAACACAAUGAUAAUAUUGAUUCAGAAACUGGAGUAUUACUUUACCAUCUGGCUUCGAAAAUCAAAGCUCAAAUAAUUGACAAACUGUCUUUUGUUGCUGAGAAAAUUGUCUUAAAAAGUUUAGAUACAACUCAAAGAGUUGACGCUGCAUUAAGUUAUUUAUUAUCUAAUGUUAAUAAAGAUAUCAACAUUAAAGAAUUUGAAGAAGCUUGUGGAGUUGGAGUUGUUGUAAAACCAGAACAAAUUGAAGCUGAAGUUGAGAAAUUGAUCAAGAAACAUCUAGAUGAAAUCAAAGAAAAAAGGUAUCGAUUCAAUGCUGGUCCGUUGAUGCAAGAAAUAAGGACCACUUUAAAAUGGGCAGAUGGCAAAGCUGUGAAAAAUGAAGUUGAUCUUCAAUUAUUAGAUAUUUUAGGACCUAAAACGGAGGCUGAUUUACUUCCUGCUCCAAAAAAUCAAAAACAACCAAAAGGCAAAGUCCAAGAGAAAGAAAAAAAUGCAAAAAAAGAAAAUAAAAAUGAAGAAGACAAUAAAGAUUCUGCAAAAACUAUAAGUGAACUAAUGAAAACUAAAGUCCAUUUUCAUAAACCUGGGGAAAAUUAUAAAACUGAAGGAUAUGUCGUUACUCCAAAUACACAUAGAUUAUUACAAGAACAUCUAAAAGUGACUGGUGGAAAAGUAAGAACAAGAUUUCCACCAGAACCCAAUGGAAUUCUUCAUAUAGGACAUGCUAAAGCUAUUAACAUCAAUUUUGGAUAUGCAGCAGCUUUUGAUGGAAUAUGUUAUCUUCGUUACGAUGAUACAAAUCCUGAGAAAGAAGAAGAAAAAUUUUUCACUGGUAUUCGUGAUAUGGUAGAAUGGCUUGGUUAUAAGCCAGCUGCAAUAACUCACUCUUCAGAUUAUUUUCAACAAUUAUACGAAUUAGCAGUAAAAUUAAUAUCAAAAGGACAUGCUUAUGUUUGCCAUCAGAAGAGUGAAGAAAUGAAAGGCUUCAAUCCACCUCCAAGUCCUUGGCGUGAGCGAAAGAUUUCUGAAAGUCUUCAACUUUUCGAAGACAUGAAAAAUGGAAUGCUUGAAGAAGGAGAGGCUACAUUACGAAUGAAAGUAACCCUAGAAGAAGGUAAACAAGAUCCAGUUGCUUAUCGAAUAAAAUACACUCCACAUCAUAGAACUGCUGAUCAAUGGUGUAUUUAUCCAACCUAUGAUUUCACUCACUGCCUAUGUGAUAGCAUCGAAAAUAUUACCCAUUCAUUAUGUACAAAAGAAUUUCAAUCGCGAAGAUCAUCGUACUAUUGGCUUUGCAAUGUAUUGGAUCUCUAUUGUCCAGUUCAAUGGGAAUAUGGCCGAUUAAACGUUAGUUACACAGUUGUUUCUAAGAGGAAAAUUGCUAAAUUAAUUAGCGAAGGAAUUGUUAAUGAUUGGGAUGACCCGAGAUUGUUUACUUUAACUGCCUUAAGAAGACGUGGCUUUCCUCCAGAAGCAAUUAAUAAUUUCUGUGCUCAGAUGGGAGUUACUGGAGCUCAAGCUACUGUUGAUCCAGCAGUAUUAGAAGCAUGUGCGAGAGAUGUUUUGAAUAAUACAGCUCCAAGACACAUGGUUGUUAUAGAUCCACUUAAAGUAACAAUUUCUAAUUUCGGUGAAAAAAUUCCCACCAAAAUCGAUGUUACUGAUUUUCCUACUGACGCGGGAAAGGGUCAACAUACAAUUGCUUUUGAUGAAAUUGUUUAUAUUGAAGCAUCUGAUUUUAAAGAAAAGGAAGAAAAAGGAUUUAGACGGUUAACUGCUAAUCAACCAGUCGGAUUGAAAUAUGCGGGAGUUGUAUUAAAUCUUAUGCGAGUUGAAAAAGACAAAAUGGGAAAAAUAACUGGUCUAGUCGUUAGACAGGAGCCUGUGAGUGAUAAGAACAAACCUAAAGCUUUUAUUCAUUGGGUAUCAAAACCAAAAUUAGCAUCAAUACGACUCUAUGAGCGCUUAUUUAAGCACAAAAAUCCUGAAGAUGUUAAUGAAGUUCCUAAUGGAUUUUUAAGUGAUAUAAAUUCACCUAGUAAGAGAGAAGUGGUUGGUUAUAUUGACGCAAGUUUGGCUUCUGUUACGAAACCAUUUACACAAUUUCAGUUCGAGAGAAUAGGAUUCUUUUCAGUUGAUCCUGAUACUCAACCAAACAAGUUGGUAUUCAAUAGAACUGUAACUCUUAAAGAAGAUGCCGGAAAAUCAUAAGUAAUAAAUUUACUUAUUUAACAUUUUGUAUGAUUUUUUCAAUACAAGUUUUCAAAAAAA